CCCCUCGGGGCAGGGCACGGUACUGCCCUCGGGGCUGGGGCCAGCGGUGCUCAGAGCUCCCGGGGGUGGGGGGAGCCCAGAGAGGCUUUGGGGACGUGCCAGGUGCCUGCGGCUCGACGGGAGGCUGUUGUGUGGCGGGGAUGGGGCCUCGGGAGAUGCCACUCUGGUGCCCCUUGCCAUGCUGUCUCCAGGGCCUGCGGCCCCUGCCCAAGCCUGUUGACACCAGCGCCCGAGCCCUCUCCUGGGACAUCCCAUGGCUCCUGCCCGUGCAGUGCUCACAAAGCCUGCCCCUGCUCCCCGCUACCUCCCACAACCCGUCUCCUACCGGCCCCCAGCUCCAGGCAGCUCCUGCCCCGCUCCCCCAGGCCCGUGCUCCCUCCCAGCCAGCCCUGCUGAGCCCCCUUUUCUUCCGCUUCCUCCAGGCCAUGGCUGCAGCAGUUGCCCUCGUCUUGGCUCUGCUGGUGCUCCAGCAUGGACUGAAGCUGGAUGACCAUACAGAUGUGGCCACGUCCCAGAGGAUGCAGCAGCGUGAGGAGUAUCUGCGUCAGGAGAUGACUCGGCUGCUGCAGGAGAUUGAGAGCAGACCUGCGUGGGAAGACAUCUUCUCUUCUGUGUGGCAGCGGUGCCCACCUUGGACUCCUGUGGGAGUCCUGGUCCUGCUCGCUGAGGUCUGGUGGUGCUGCAGGAAAGUGAAGCUUGUCUCUGAGAGCUGCAGUGGUGAGGACUGCUCCAGCAGCAAGGAGGAGGACGAAGACAAAGAGGAGGAGGAAGACCGCAGCGGUGCACGCAGUGUUGCCAGGCCUCGGGCUGUGUCCACCCCAUCGCCAAGGCAGGGCCUGCCCGACACGUGCCAGGUGCUGAAGGAGCUGGUGGGUGAGCUCCUUGAGGUGUGCCAAGUGCUUUGCAGGAGCACUUUCAUGCCGGAGAUGCAGCCAGCCGUUGGACUGGGCAGCGCCUACGAAACCUGGAGCAUCGGCGAGAACAGCAUCGCCUACUCCCUGCUCGUGUUGCUGUGGCCACCCCCCGGGCACUCUUUCAGCCUGGAGCUGGACACGGCGGGGCAGCUGCCAGCGACCCCUUCCAGAAUCCGUGUGGAGCAGCAGUGCCUGUGCUCGAGGGAGCAGCUGCUGGGCGACGCGCUGUGCUUUCUGCACCACCCCGAGGACGAGCUGCGGAGGGAUCAGAGCUCGGUCCUGCCACGCACCCUCUGCACACUCUCCUGCUUAGACAUGGAGAAAGUCACCUGCUGGGCCCAGGGCCCGGUGAGAUCGGCCUGGCUGCUUUUGCCUCAGUCGUGCCACUGCCAGCUAACGGUGCUGCCCCCCUCCUCCCAGUCCUGCAGGUUCCAGCUGACAAGCACCUCCAAGUGGAACAUCACCGUUGAGAUGAUGUUUGGAGCGCACCAAGGCAGCUCGGACACCUAGGCGAGCCUUCAGGAGGCAGAGGCCAGCUUGUCGGGCAGCCCAGCACGGCCGCAGAGCCGCGCUGCUCUCGAGAGGCAGCUUCUCAGGCUGGCGGCGAGGUGAGGCACCUCCACCUCCGAGGUCUGCAGCUCCGCACCCGUGUGCUGGUGGUCGCAGGGGGCCGCAGGAUCUUUCUGGACCUUCUGGACGAGGGCACGCCGCGCACCCUCAGUCAGGUUGCAGACCACAGCAAGUCGGGCGGGAGCGUUGGUCUGCGUGAGGGAAGGACGGCUCUGCUGAGGGACCUGGGCAGGCCGGACCGGUGGGCCGAGGCCAACUGUAUGCGGUUCAGCAAGGCCGAGUGCCGGGUCCUGCACUUGGCUCACAACCACCUCACGCCACGCUCCAGGCUUGGGGAAGAGUGGCUGGGAGCGGCCCGGCUGAAAAGGACCUGGGGGUGUUGGUCAGCUCUUGGCUAAAGAUGAGCCAGCAGUGAGCCCUGGUGGCCAAGAAAGCCAAGAGCAUCCUGGCCUGAUUCUAAGAUUCUAGGUUCCCUCUGCUUGGGACCUCAGGUGCCCAUGUCGUUGACAGGAGAGACUUAGCACAGAAAGGGCCUUCUGGGCAUGCUCCCAUCUUACUGACUGACAUCCCCACCCUCUCGUUGCCUCCAGAAGGCUUUGGACAGGAGGUGCAUCAGAUGUACUUUUCUACACAUGCUGAACUGACAGAAA